UCAAAACAACUCAAUUCGACUUUCUUGAGAUAAUAAAUAAUUUAAAAUCAAAAUGAAAUUUGCGAUUUUAUUAACAAUUGUCGUAGUGGUUUUAGUGGCUGCAGCAACAGCUCAACGUCGUCCUAGAUGUCCUCAAGGAGCUCGUCCUCCACGCUGUGUUGGUCCUCGCAAUGUGGGCUCGAGAUGUGGUGCAGCUUCUCCACGUACAAUGUGGUAUUAUAAUCAAGCCUCCCGUACUUGUAUACAAAUGCCCCAUUUGGGUUGUGGCGGUAAUGCGAAUCGUUGGUGUUCCCGUGCUGGCUGUGAACGCAGAUGUGUUCGCACUACUGGCUAAGAAAAUGUUUGAAAUGUGAAUGGAUAAUAUGUUAACUUUCUGUGCCCUAUAAAGCUAUAAAAAAAAUCCUAUAAAUAAUUUGUAUAAAGAUUUCUCUAUCACAUAUGCAACCUAUUUUAUAGAUAAAUUUGUCUUUAAUUUAACCAAAAUAGUUUUCAAUUCAAAUAAAAUUACCGCUAGCAAUUUAAAAUACUAAA